UUUUUUGAUAAUAACCCAACGGAAUUUGGACUGUUGGAAAUUGGAAGCGAGCACCCAUGACGCUGAUGAGGUAUUGACCUUGUCAUCGCAACGUCCUUCGAUUCCUCAAUAAAUAGAGUGACUCCACUCGCCGGACGAUGGCCAUUACUGUUGUCUCACUUCUCUCUUCUCUGGUGGUUUCCUCCACCCCAAUCCUCUCUAAACUAAGCCCCUCUCCAAUCCUUAGCUUCUCUGUUGCUUCCCCCGUCAGUUCUCUUCGACGAUUGCGUAUGGCACAUAUUGUUACUCGGGCCACUCUCGGCCUCACUAAGCCUGCUCAUGUCGAUGUCCCCAAGAUUGAUUUCGCUGCAAAAGAUAUCGAUUUGGUGGAAUGGAAGGGAGACGUUCUUGCAGUCGGUGUCACAGAGAAAGACAUGGCCAAGGAUGAGAACUCCAAGUUUGAGAACUCGAUUAUGAAAAAGCUGGAUACCCAUUUGGGUGGUCUGUUGGCUGAAGUAACCACGGAGGAGGAUUUCACUGGGAAAGCUGGGCAGUCCACCCUUCUCAGGCUUCCCGGUUUGGGUUCUAAGAGGAUCGGUUUGAUUGGGCUCGGCCAGUGCGUGCCAUCUUCGGCUGCUAGUGUUUACAAAAGCCUUGGCGAGGCCGUUGCUGCUGCUGCCAAAACUGCCCAAGCUAGUAAUGUGGCCAUUACUCUUGCUUCCUCUGAGGGGCUUUCUGUCGAUUCAAAGCUUCUCACUGCUUCGGCCAUAGCUUCUGGAACUGUGCUGGGGAUUUUCGAAGACAAUAGAUUUAAGUCAGAGUCGAAGAAGCCUUCACUGAAAUCGGUCGAUAUUAUUUGUUUUGGGUCUGCUCCCGAAUUAGAGAAGAAGCUCAAGUAUACUAGUGAUGUUUGUUCUGGGGUGAUUUUCGGAAGAGAGCUCGUUAAUGCACCCGCGAAUGUACUUACCCCUGGUGUACUAGCUGAAGAGGCCUCCAAAAUUGCUUCCAUGUACAGUGAUGUUUUUACUGCAAAUAUAUUGGAUGUGGAGAAGUGCAAAGAGUUAAAAAUGGGUUCUUAUUUGGGUGUUGCUGCUGCUUCUGAGAAUCCUCCUCAUUUUAUCCAUUUAUGUUACAAACCACCAACAGGGCCUGUCAAAGCCAAGUUGGGUCUAGUUGGAAAGGGUUUAACUUUUGACAGUGGUGGCUACAAUAUCAAGACGGGACCAGGCUGUUCAAUCGAGCUCAUGAAAUUUGACAUGGGAGGUUCAGCAGCAGUUCUAGGUGCAGCAAAAGCCCUUGGUCAAAUCAAACCUCCAGGAGUAGAGGUACAUUUCAUUGUUGCGGCUUGUGAGAACAUGAUAAGUGGUACAGGAAUGAGACCUGGUGACAUCGUUACGGCUUCAAAUGGGAAAACAAUUGAGGUCAAUAAUACUGAUGCUGAAGGCAGACUCACCCUUGCAGAUGCUUUGGUUUAUGCGUGCAACCAAGGUGUAGAGAAGAUAGUUGAUCUGGCAACAUUGACUGGGGCUUGCGUAGUUGCCCUUGGGCCCACUAUUGCAGGAGUCUUUACACCGAAUGAUGAUCUGGCAAAGGAGGUUUUUGCUGCUUCAGAGGUCACUGGGGAGAAGUUCUGGAGAAUGCCAUUGGAGGACAGCUAUUGGGAGUCCAUGAAAUCAGGGGUCGCUGAUAUGGUGAAUACAGGAGGUCGUCAAGGCGGUGCUAUCACUGCAGCUCUCUUCCUGAAACAGUUUGUGGACGAGAAAGUCCAAUGGAUGCAUAUAGACAUGGCUGGCCCGGUUUGGAACGAUAAGAAAAAGUGCGCAACAGGGUUUGGCGUCUCAACUCUGGUGGAGUGGGUUCUGAAGAACUCUUCUUAGUCUCGGUGGAAAAUUGCUGAUUUGGAUACGGGAAUGGUUCCAAGUAACAGGGCUGUGGGAAUGGUUCCAAGUAACAACUGGUGGACUGAGGUGGAUUGACUUGUUCGUUGCACUGAUAUCUGUUUGGUGUUUUGGUGAAAUGUGUUGGAAGAGGACUGAGGAGAAAGCUUGGAAUGAUUAAUGGCAUAUUUUGAGCGUACUGUGAUGAGCAAUUGCCUCUCAAUGUUCAUCAAGUAGUCUUGUUUGAAAUUUGAGUCAUUUCAUUCUCUUCUCCUACCAUAGGAAAUAAAAUCAUUUGAGUGCAGCAUUUUAUCAGCAAUAAGAGGAUUCCAGUGUAAUUUAAUCUGAUAAUCGCGGAAGUACUCUUGGAAAUAGCUAUUAAGAAUCUCCCAAUGUUUUCUCCCA